CAGCAGAAAUUUGUGUUAUCAGAAACCUACUAGAAGUGUACCCUAGAAUUACAGCUACACAUCUACAAAAACUCAAAGAGAUACACAAUAGAAAGGCUACAUUACUAAACCUAGAAUGUGGCAUCGAUGAUUACGGCACUGAAAAUGUCGAAGAACAAAUCGAAGCUCCAAUAUUAAUAGAGAUAGACUAG